AGGGGUUUGAACCAAACAUUGCUUUCCCGCGUAUUCACACGCGAACUAGAAAGUUGUUUGAGAAUGAUCGUUCAAGAGCUCGGAUUGGUGGCUAUGCGUCAUGGACAGACUGUUCGAGCAAGAGUUCUUCUCCACCAUUCGCAAAAAAUAGAGACUCCAACACUGCGUACAAGCAACAGGACUUAGCACGCUCCGAGUCACACAAGCCAUCUGACCCGGCAAUGCCCCAGACCCUGGACAAGGAUCACCCCAUAAACGAUGGGGAUCAGAAAGAGACGCCCAAACGAAGCAGAGCGUAUCCCCGGUGGAAAGUUUGCCGAGACGUGCAAGGCUGCAUUCGAGCCCCGAAUGCCCAAAGUCUUGAAGUCGGACUGGACGUGAAGUCGAGUCUCAGACCGAGCUGUGGCGAGAAGCAGCAUCGGAGGAGUUGAGUGGAUGAUUGGUUCGCGAGCUUCCUCGAUGGUGUCAUAACUUCGAGAACACAGCGACUUUGCUUAACGAUAUCUGUGACACUUUAAGCAGAUGAGUUUGCAUAGCGGAACUCUAUUCGACUCGAAGAUGUUAUGUUUCUAUGUGACAUGCAUCCAUCACAAAACUAGUGAACAGUUUUGCGUACUUGCAUGUUAAGCGAUGAAGAGCAAAAGAUUCGGAGGGGAAUAGUGGGCAGGGUAGUGUUGUGAUCAAUGCAAUAGGACAUGAUACCCUACGUGGGGCAGCC